CACGUGCGCUCCUAUUCCAGUCAUUACUGUAGAGCUGCGGAGGCGGGACAGCAAAGCAGGAACACGUUGGGAGACACUUUGGUUGGAAAAUAUGAGGUUUGCCAUGCUGGCGCUUCUUCUCCCCCUGAUUCUGACAACAGGAAGUGAUGUCAGCGCAGUGGAGCAGAAGCCCAACUUUGUUCUCAUGAUGGUGGAUGACCUCGGAAUUGGGGACAUAGGUUGCUAUGGCAACGACACAAUCAGGACUCCUAACAUCGACAGACUUGCUUCAGAGGGAGUCAAACUAACCCAGCAUAUCGCUGCAGCUCCUCUCUGCAGCCCAAGCCGGGCAGCUUUCAUGACGGGGCGUUAUGCUCUUCGCUCAGGAAUGGCGAGCACAGGUCGCGUGCAGGUGCUGUUGUUCCUCGCAGGUUCAGGAGGACUCCCAGCCAGCGAGACAACCUUUGCCAAGAGGCUGCAGCAACAAGGAUACUCCACUGGCCUAAUUGGUAAAUGGCACUUAGGUGUAAAUUGUGAAUCCAGAGGGGAUCACUGCCACCACCCAAACCAACAUGGUUUUAGCUACUUCUAUGGUCUGCCAUUCACUUUGUUCAAUGACUGCGUUCCCGGAGAGGGCAGAGACGUGCUGGUGGAUGUCCAGCAAACACUCCAGCAUCUUACUUUUUUGUUUGGAGUAGGUCUUCUCACCAUGGUGUUCGUCCGUGUAAGCGGUCUUCUUGAGGUCAGCCUCUGGUUUCUGGUGCUGCUUUUCUUUCUUGGUUUGGUAGCAGCUGCUGUGUGGUAUGUGCCCUUUGCGCUCCUGCAAACCUGGAACUGCAUCAUCAUGAGGAACCAAGAAGUUAUUGAGCAGCCCAUGACAGUGGAAACACUACCCCAGAGAUUGCUGGGAGAAGCACAGAAUUUUAUAAAAAGGAAUGCUGAUCAUCCAUUCCUCCUCUUCUUCUCUUUGGCCCACAUCCACACGCCGUUGUUCAAAAGUCCAGCCUUUACUGGCAAGAGUCGCCAUGGUCGCUAUGGUGACAAUCUGGAGGAGGUGGACUGGAUCAUCGGCAAAGUUAUAGAAACUGUGGAUUCUUUUGGCUUGGCCAACAACACACUGAUGUAUUUUACAUCAGACCACGGCGGACACCUGGAGGAUUCCAAUGCUCACAUUGGCCAAAAAGGAGGAUGGAAUGGAAUAUACAAAGGAGGGAAGGCAAUGGGGGGCUGGGAAGGAGGGAUUAGGGUACCUGGAAUCUUCCGUUGGCCUGGCCGUCUGGCAGCAGGAAGGGUGGUGGAAGAACCCACCAGCCUUAUGGACCUGUACCCCACACUGAAGUAUCUUGCUGGGGACAAAAAACCAGAUAGAGAACUUGAUGGCUACAACCUCAUGCCACUGCUUGAAGGAAAAGCUGCGCGAUCACAACACGAAUUCAUGUUCCAUUACUGUGGCAUCUACCUCAAUGCAGUACGCUGGCACCCCCCUGGCAGUGAUUCAGUCUUCAAAGUGCACUUCUUCACCCCAAACUUCUCUCCACCUGGAGCUGGUGGAUGCUAUGACACAAAGGUUUGCCUUUGCCAUGGUGAGCACGUGACGCACCACAACCCUCCGCUCCUGUUUGAUCUUUUCCAUGACCCCUCGGAGUCCCGCCCCCUGACUCCAGAUACUGAACCUCGUUAUGCUGAAGUCCUUGAGCGGACUGCCAAAGCCGUAAUGAGACAUAGGAGCACUCUUCCACAAGAAGUGACAUCCGCCGACGAUGCUUCAAAGGCCAGCACAGAUGUGCACAACGUUCAGAACCAAAUGACUUGGGAAAAGAUUCUCUGGAGACCCUGGCUGCAGCCCUGCUGUGGGACUUUUCCAUUCUGUGGGUGCAAAGAGGAUGCAGCUAUUUAUGAGAGCACAACAGCAUAGGUUUUUAAUCAUAUCUUUUACAAAUCAGGGAUUUUGUUUUACUAGUAAAUUCAAUCUAUUUUACUUAUAAAGCACUUUAUGACUGAGGAACCAAAGUGCUGUACAGGUUAACAGAAGUAAACACAAAAAAUAAAUACCGGUAAUAUAUUUCCCCUAAAAGGUUUGAUUAUUGAAUGAUUAAAACAACUCCAUCUGGUUUUUUUUGUUAAUGUGCUAAUCUUCAGUACACAAAAUGACGUAUUAGUCUUAACUAUAGUCUGGCUAACUAAGGAAAAUAAGGUAAUACUAUUUUUAAAACAAAUUACAAAUACAAUGUAUAAUAGAUCUUUAUUUAUCAUUGUCACACGUAUAAUGAAAUUAAGAAAAUGAAACUGAGGUGGGGUGAAGUUAGACCAAAUCAAUGAAAGAUACAGGAGUAUUUACUAUUUACUGCACAUUGGAAAGAAAAGAGGUCAGAAAAGUGUUUAAUGUCAAACUCAUGCUACAGAAUCUUCACACAGUUCUGACCACGGUAGACAUUUUACCGAAAUAGCAAAGAAAAGAAAAGAAACUGCAUUAUUAUAGAAAAGUAUAUUUCUUAUACUAUAUUUUCAAAAAGGCCAUACGCUUGCUUCAGCCCUCUUGUUUUUUUUUCUUCUUCAAACAGCAGACAGUGUCUGCUUUCUUUUAUCUGCAGCAGAUCAAUAAAUGGCUCAAUGUUAGAAGAGAGAUAUACUUCGUAUUGCUGGUUAAAAAAACCACACCAUUUUAAAAGUCAUUAUUGUUGUACAAAGUAUUGAUUAAGCAAAAUGUGAAAAACAUUACCGGUUGUUAUUCUUUAAGCUCGCUGUGUUUUUCUUUGAUGUUUUAUUGUGCAGGGCUGCCAUACAUCUUUUAAGACAUAUAAAUAAUUCUUAACCUUCACACAAAAUCUCUGAUCAAUCUUUGUUCUUUUAACUAAAUGUUGCUUUUUUAAAUGUAUAAACAUUUUUUUUCUGAGAUCCUCAGCACUGUCAUACUCAUUAUCACAUCUUGAUUUUUUUUCUUUUUUUCCUAUAUCCUACCAGCAAUCCCACACAAUAAUACUACUGUCACCAUGUAGAACUGUUGGGAUAAGCUUGAAAUGAGUUUCCUUGUGGUUAUUUAUUUUGAAAUAUCUGAAGAAAGGAAAAAAUCUCUUGAUUCUCUUAAGUUUUAUCAUUAUUAAAAGCGAUUUUAUAAUGAGCCAAUAGUUGUUCAUAUAAAAAGAUUCUCAAUAUUUAUAAUAAAAUAUAUGUUUUUAUGCAUCAGAGACUGAAGUACUAUUGUGUUUUAGGGCAGUCACAUUACAAAGGUAUAAAAAACCAAAUUUACCAGUUAACUAAUAAAGACUCUGACUUUUCCAGUGUUAAGUAUAUAAAGUAAGCAAUAGGGAUGUAACAGUACAUCUUCUUCAUAAUUGGAUCGGGUCAUGUUUUUUUUCCGGUUCAAUUUAUGAUUUUAUGAUAUGAUUAGAAAACAACAACAAAAAAUUCAGAAAAAUAUUUUUUUUAAUUUGUUAAUAAAUGAUUUCACAAUGGAGAAAAACCCUUUCAGUGGUCUCAUAUAACCUUGGUGUAUUAUAUUAAAAUGAUAAAUAAAUUCUUCUUACACAUGCGCUUGACACUUUCAAUAUAAACAUACUGGCAUGCAGUUGGCAUAUAAUAAUACACUUUCCCCAAGAUUCGGUUUAACGGUGUAACAUAUGGUUCGGAUUUAAACCAAGAAUUGUGGCAUCCCUAGUGAGCACGUUUUUAAUGCAGUCAUUUUCAAGUCCAGUUGAGCAAG